CCCAAAUAACAAAGAUUCAGGAGCAGAUAUUAAAAACGAGUCUUGCUCUACAUGACACAGCUUCAGCAGAAGUUUAUUUUUGCAUCGACAUUAUCUGACAGUCACCGAGGAAGAGGACGGUCUAACCUACAUUUUACUUCGACUUUAUCUCAGGCUGAUGUUCAGUCAGUCAUCAUGGAGGACACAGCGCUCUGCAUCCGACUGUUGAGGAAUGUGUUGCUGGUUGCACAAUUUCACCUUCAUUGUGCCCAAGAUGUAUUCUUUGCUCAGAUCGUUCCAAGCAGACUGCAGCUCUUUGAACACAGCGCCCUCUACAUUAACUGUGAGGGAUUCAACACCUCGACUGGAUGGACCGUCCUGAGAAAGACAAAGGGAAAAGUCAGCACAUGUGUCUCCGGCUGGUCGUCCAUCUGCACCAUCAAACCAGCAUUUCUAAGCGACAGUGGAGAAUACUGGUGUGAAGGUGGAGGAGAGAGAAGCAACGCUGUCAACAUCACCGUCACAGAUGGAGCUGUGAUCCUGGAGAGUCCAGUUCUUCCUGUGAUGGAGGGAGGGAAUGUGACUCUGCGUUGUCAGACUAAAAUGACCUCUUCAGCCCACACAGCUGACUUCUUUAAAGAUGGUCGACACAUCGGCACCAGCACCACAGAAGAGAUGAUCAUUGGCAGAGUUUCCACGUCUGAUGAAGGACUCUACAGCUGCAGCAUCUCAGAAUUUGGAGAAUCGCCACAGAGCUGGUUGACUGUCAGAGCACUUUACAGAGCAACUCCCCAGUCUUCAAACCAGUCCUGCCAAAUCUACCGGCUCUUACGGACAGUUUUCAUCAUAGUGAUGUUGGUUCUGCUGCUGGUGGAGGUGGGACUCCUUCACUGGGGGAAACAUAGACUGACAUAGAAGUUGCAUUUAGUAUUCUACCAAAUAGUGAGACUUUAGCAAAUAGCCUCUGCUGUAUGUUGGUUACUAAUAUCCUUCUACCUAGCUGGCAAAGAACGUUCCUACAACAUCUGACAACUUUACCUGCAAGUUUUACAGAAAAUGUUCGAAUCAAAGAUUCAAAUAUCAUUUUAAGAAUAUUCUAAUUUCCAGUAAUGUUCCGGUAAAGUUAAAAUAAUGUUUGAAUGUCAACAUUCAGAGGAUGUUGUCAGGAACACUGAUGGUGUUCUAUGAUGACAAAGAAAGAAUGUUUUCUGGAUGUUAUCAAGGCCUCGGGUUAUUUUAAUAAGACAUUAACAAAGGUGGAACAUUCUGCCUGCAAUGUUCUGAGGAUGUUUUUGAGGGAACACAUUAUCGAAUGUUCCAUGAUGAUAAAGGAAGAACGUUCUCAAAAUGACAUUGAAAAAAUGUUCUCCAGAUGUUGCUGAGGCCUCAGAUGAGAAAAUGUUUUUAAUACAGGUUGUUUUGAAAUGUUCCUCUAGUGUUCUAACUUAAAGGUGAACAUUUUGCUUUUUCCUAGAGGGAACACAUUAUAAAGCAUUCUUCGGUAACACGUUCCCCAGUAAUAACAAAGGAAGGAUACUGUCACAACAUUCAAACAUUUUCAAGACAUUUUUGAAAUCUCAGAUGACACAACGUUCUUUAUGAGACGUUCUUGUACUGCGAUAUACUGACAAAGACUAUGUAAUGUAAUGUUCUCAGGAUGUUUUGAGGAUAUGGUUGAGGGAAACACUUUAGAAAACGUUCAUACAAUGUUACAACAACAAAAGGAAGAAUGUUCUCAGUGAAGCAUUCGGUUUUGAGAAUGUUAGGGCACCACAGUCCAACAAUGUGAACAAACAUUUAUAGAACAUCUUUCUACCUUCUGGGAAUGAAAGGAAAACAUACCACAGAAAGUAUUAACAGGACUCUGAGCUCUUUCUCAGAACAUUUUCUUCAUUCUCUCCAGUAUGUCCAUCGUUUUAGGCAUCUGUGGAGGACAGAUGACUGUGUUGUUCUUAUUUAUUAUAUUGGUUCUGACACAUUUUAAACUGUGAGAAAAACAAAAUGUGUGAAGGAAUAAACAGUUUGAAAAGUUUUCAGCCACAACAGUGACAGUGGUUUAAUAUCAGUCUGUCAGAAGAAGAAAACAGCAAAACAGAGAUUCAAGAGUUUUGCUAUAUAUCUUCUGUAUGUUUAACUGUAUCUUGAACUGGGUUUUGUUUUAGAUUUUAAAGAGGCUCAUAAUAAUGUAAGCUUCAUAGAAAUAAAACCCAUAAGAACAUAAAGAGAAAACAUUAAAGAGAUCUUCAGAAAAAGUUAUGUCACUGUUUUGCGUUAUAACAUCAAGAUUUUAAGAAAUAAGAAUUCAUUUUGUGUCAGAUUUUUCAAUGAGCCUAUAAAUGAAUAUACUUUACUGUAUUAAAAAUAUUAAUGAAGAUUCUCAAAGUUCAAUAAAGACAUUGGCAUUUA